CUAGUUCACUUAAUGUUUUAAAAACAUUUAAAAUGUUCAGAGUGAUUGCUUAUACUGUUCUUGCAUUUACUUUUGCAAUACGAUUCGCUACCAGUGAAUUGCAAAUAAUAGAAAGACAACAAACGAAUAAUUAUAUUCAAUUUUUGGACACACUUAAUUCAAAAAUUGCUAAUGGUCUUAUCGAUAAGUCGAAAGCAUUAAAUAUGCACAACAAAUGCUACCAAGAAUUUAUAGGAAAGCCUAAUCUAAAAGAUUCACUGUACAAGAUUCUGAUGAGGUACAUCUUCAAUGGUAAAAUUAAAGAUUACUCUGAUGCUCUAAUCAGCAUUGGAAUGAAAGUUGUUGCCAAAAAUAAACAGAAGCAGAUGAUUAAAUAUGCUGAUUGUGUAAUUAGUAAUUUAUUAUAGUGUUUUGUUAGUACAUCUUUUACAAAAAUAU